AGAUCGCUUGAGUUGUAUAGAUCGCUCUCAUUUUUUUCGCUGUUUUAAACGUUAUAAAAACUAAUAUAAAAGUUUGUAAUAUAAUCGAGUGGUAGAUAAUUCAUUUAUCUUUCGGUUUUCAAGUACUUUUUGAGUUGCAAUCAAUUAUCAAUCUCAAAUUUUGAAAUAUUCGAGGUGACAAAGAUAUCUGUACUCCUAACCUAGAAGUGCAGAAAAACAUUCAAUAGGCCAAUAUUUAAUAACAUUUUACAUAAAAUGGCUGGACAUAACGAUACAUAUCGUCGAGAUAGAGAUCGUCGUAGACAUCCUCGAAAUUACGACAAUGAAUCAAAUCGAAGAGACAAAUAUCAUGAGAGGUACAACAAACUCAAAGAUAGGAACUCUAGAAGUCUAUCACCUUGUCGAAGAGAUCGUUCUCAUUAUAGAGAUGAAGAAAAACCAAAAAGAUUUAAAUACGACGAUAGAAGACAUAAUGAUGAUUUUAAAAAUACUAAAAAUCAUCAAAAUAAAUUUGAUAUGAAAAUUAAAAAAGAAUCUUUUUCUCCUGAAUGGGGGAGUAAAUCCAAAGAUUCAGAUAAAAAGUCAAAUACAAAACCACAAGAAAAAGAAAAGCCAAGUUUUGCAUUAUCUGGAAAAUUGGCUGAAGAUACAAACACUAUCAAUGGAGUCGUAAUAAAAUAUUCUGAACCAGAUGAUGCCAAAAAGCCAAAGAAACGUUGGCGUUUAUAUCCAUUUAAAGGCGAAAAAGAACUGCCAGUUCUUCAUAUUCAUAGACAAUCUGCUUAUUUAAUGGGAAGAGAUCGUAAAAUUGCGGAUAUUCCUCUGGAUCAUCCAUCGUGUUCAAAACAGCAUGCAGUUUUACAAUUCAGAAUUGUUCCAUUUACCAGAGAGAAUGGUAGUCAAGGACGACGAAUUCGUCCAUAUUUAAUUGACUUGGAUUCUGCCAAUGGAACUUUUGUCAAUAAUGUAAAAUUGGAAGGAAGGAGAUAUCAUGAACUGUUGGAGCGAGAUGUCCUGAAAUUUGGAUAUAGCACCCGGGAGUAUGUGUUGCUACAUGAACAUAGCAAAGAUGAUGAGGCUGAUGAUGACUUACCAGUAUCCAGUGAAACAUAGAAGAGAUGUAUAUAUGUUAUUUAAUUUAUAUUUUUAUUAAAAAUAUAAUGAGAAUAAACGUUGUAAUAUUAUGAAAAAA